AAUUCAGUUGCUGUCUUUGAUUUACUUCAUUAUUAUCUGUGGUCAACAAUUGGAAUCAUAUUUUAAUUUGUUUCCCUCAUUAAACCUGUUAAAGUUGACAAUAUACGGAUUUUCAGUUGAAACCAAAGUGAACCCAAAACAAAAGGAAAACAAAAAGCUCGUCUCAACCCAAUCUUAUUGUCCAAUGAAAAGCUGGUUUAAAGAAACUGUUACAAGCAGAUGGUUUCAUGAUUUCAGUUUUCUUGGUUUUCAUGGUUCAUGAAAUUUCAUCAAUACAAAACUGUGAACAAAGAACCAAGAAGAGGAAUCAAUGCUUGAUAACUCUAGAAGUGGACCGUUAGAGGUUUCGACUGGUGUUUCUGGAGGUCAUCUUCACCAUCAUCUAAUCAGUGGUCCAAUGUCGCCCGAACUACCCAAAAGCUCCAACAUGCCAAUGGAUGUAAAUAUUUAUGCGACCAGAAAAACGGUUGCUCAGGGAAUGAUGGAUAUCGCUCUGAUGACGGCCAAUGCUUCUCAGUUGAAAUUCAUUCUCAUCAAUUCGAGUAACCAUCGAUAUUUUGCUGUUAGCCUUAGUUUGUUGACCAUUUCAAUAAUCCUUCAGAUUGUGGUUGGAAUCAUCUUAAUUUUCUUGGGUCGUUGGAAUAUCAAUUUCCGUGGUGAUCACCGGAAAGCUGAGAAUGCCAAUAAUGCUGUUUUAAUUCUCAUCUUUUUGAUAACCAUUGUAAAUAUUAUGAUAACUUCAUUUGCUCCAAAUCCAGAUGAGGGAAGGAUUCUUGGACCCAAUCCAUCAAUAACAAAUUCACCUUGACAGUUAACUUUUCUGGUUUAACCAGAAAGAUAUUCAAAAGUCAGAUACAUUAUACAAAAUAAACUAGAGAUCCA